AUCAUGUGUAGCUUGGGAUCAUUUGAUGCUUUCCCCACUUUCAAGGGUACAGUCUCCAUCAGGCAGUACUAGUAUACUAUCCUCAUAUAUUCAGCAUUUCAAUCAGUGCGAGCGUGGUCCUAUUAUACGCACGGAGAUUUAUUCAGUGUUGUUCAUUGACCGAUGAAAAUAUUGUACUAAAACUGACAGCUUGUUGCACAACUGGCAGCAACCUGCAUUUGCAUAGAGACCUCGUUGAUGCCAAGAGGAAGAUGACUUGUGUUUAAUCCCGUCAACUUUAUUCUCCUACACUUGCUUCCCUUUCUGAUUAAAAGAAAUAAAUCAAGCUGUGUUGCCGAAAUAAAAGAAAAAGAUAUCAAACUAACACAGCCUGGAAGACGAGCUGGAGUAUUAGAUAAAUGAUAUAGGAGAAUUCUAGGUAGAAAUAGCGUUGCAAAUAGCAAUAAAAAAGGCCUCCGAGGAAUCUUCCGAGGCAGGGCAGCCAGCCAUGCGCUAUUUAAAAGCUCAUCGCCGAGGAAACAACUGAGGGCAUGCAGCAGGUGGGAGGGCAAGCGGAAGCGCCAUGGCUUGGCUCUGGCAUGUCCCUUUCAUUGUCCUUGUACUCCUUGGAGGAUCCGAUGGCAAUCCAGUUGCUCCUCACCAGAGUCAGCUGGAUGUAAACCACAAGAAGCCACUAAUACAGACAUUCAGACCUUACAACAUUGCCCACAGGGGUUCCAAUGGCGAAAUACCCGAAGAGACCGCGGCAGCUUAUUCAAGGGCGAUUGAGGAAGGUGCAGACUUCAUUGAGACUGAUAUACUUGCGUCAAAGGACGGGCAUCUCAUAUGCUUUCAUGAUGUAACCCUCGAUGCAACGACUGACAUCGCUGACCGUGCGGAGUUUGCUGGCAGGAGGAGAACCUAUGAAGUCGAGAGAGAAAAUGUAACUGGAUGGUUUGUUGUGGAUUUUACUCUAAGUGAACUGAAAUCUCUGAGGGUGAAGCAACGCUACAUAUUCAGGGAUCAGCAGUACAAUUGGAAGUACAAGAUCAUUACAUUUGAUGAGUUCAUCAUGAUUGCACUAUAUGCUGACAGGGUUGUUGGGAUAUACCCAGAGAUGAAGAAUCCUAUUUUCAUUAACGAGCAUGUGAAGUGGUCAGGUGGCAAAAAGUUUGAGGAUAAGUUUGUGGAGACACUUAUGAAGUAUGGCUACAAAGGCGGAUACAUGUCUGAAGAUUGGCUCAAGCAGCCACUAUUCAUCCAAUGUUAUGCUCCAACUUCACUCAUUUACAUCUCAAACAUGACAAAGUCCCCAAAACUGCUUCUCAUCGAUGACACCACGGUUCGGACUCAAGAUACCAACCAGUCCUACUAUGAUAUUACUUCGGAUGAUUAUCUCAAAUUCAUAAGGAAGUAUGUAACUGGGAUUGGGCCAUGGAAGGAUACAGUUGUUCCCCCAGAAAAUAACUAUUUAGGGCCACCGACUGAUCUUGUGGCACGAGCGCAUGCUCUGAAUCUUCAGGUCCAUCCAUACACAUUCAGAAACGAGAACUCAUUCUUGCACUUCAACUUCCACCAAGACCCUUAUGCUGAAUAUGAGUACUGGCUCACCAAGAUCGGUGUUGACGGUCUGUUCACCGAUUUCACCGGCAGCUUACACAAGUACCAGGAUUGGACAGCUCCACACCAAAUGAAGGCAAAGAAUGCAGAGGCACUCCUGUAUCAGAUCUCCUACAUGCUGAAGGACGAUGGAUACUAAGCUUCGGUUGGCAAGUCUGUAUACAAACCCCGUUAUGAGAUUGGUUUCGUUGUAUCGAUCACUGAGAAAAAGGACUGGUACUGUCACUCUCUGUAAUGUUUACCUUUAUAUCAUCACAGGAAUGCUUAUUGUGCA